UAUAAAACCUUCAAGCACUAACUUUGUCGUCCUGUUAGCGUGCAACUCAGGCAAAAGAUCAUGAACUUCCCAGUGGUUCUCGUGGCUUUUUUCUUGGUUAGCCUAUCACAGGCUGCCCUGAGAGUGCCUUUGCACAAGUUCAGGUCCAUCAGGAAUUCUUUGAAAGACAUCGGCAUUUCAUCUGAAGAUAUUCUUAAGAAAGCACAGCAAGAGUUGAAGCACAAGUACUCAGUGGAGUAUGGUGGCCCAGAACCUCUCUCAAAUUAUCUUGAUGCUCAGUACUAUGGAGCCAUCACAAUUGGAACUCCUCCGCAGCCAUUCAAAGUGGUUUUUGACACUGGUUCUUCCAAUAUGUGGGUUCCCUCCAAGAAGUGCCCUUUGAGUGAUGUUGCAUGUUUAUUGCACAACAAGUAUGACAGCACCAAAUCUAGUACUUAUGUGGAAAAUGGCACCAAGUUUGAGAUCCAGUAUGGCAGUGGAAGCAUGAAGGGAUUUCUCAGCGCUGAUAAUGUGGAGAUUGCUGGUUUAACCGUAAAAAAACAAACAUUUGCUGAAGCCAUGAGUGAACCAGGAGUGGCCUUUGUUGCAGCAAAAUUUGAUGGAAUCCUUGGCAUGGCAUAUGAUACCAUAUCUGUUGAUGGUGUUGUUCCAGUUUUCUAUGAUAUGGUCCAACAAAGCCUUGUGCAGAAACCAGUUUUCUCAUUUUACUUGAACAGGGAUCCAUCUGGGUCACCGGGAGGGGAACUGAUCUUUGGUGGUUCCGACCCCAAGCACUAUACAGGAGACUUUACCUAUAUUCCUGUCUCUAAGAAGGGAUACUGGCAAUUUAAGAUGGACAGUGUGAUUGUGAAUGGAAAAUCAACCUUUUGCCAGGGUGGCUGUCAAGCUAUUGCUGAUACCGGUACCUCACUUAUUGGGGGACCUACCGCAGAAGUUAACAAGUUAAAUGAAAUGAUUGGUGCCAGUCCAAUAGUUGGUGGUGAGUACAUAAUUGACUGCAGCAAGGUUGACUCUCUCCCUCCAAUUGACUUUGUUCUUGGUGGAAAAAAUUUCACUCUCACUGGAAAAGAAUAUGUUCUCAAGGUGACAGUCAUGGGUCAAACUGAGUGUCUGAGUGGCUUCUUAGGUAUUGACAUCCCUGCUCCUGCUGGCCCCCUGUGGAUCUUGGGAGAUGUAUUUAUUGGCCCAUAUUAUACCGAGUUUGAUCUGGGAAACAAUCGUGUUGGUUUUGCUAAGACUAAGUGAGUCAUUUGGGAGGACACCUCAGCCACUGACGCUUAAGCAUGCAUCUUUUAGUCAUUCAAGUGAAGGAACCCUCUUAAAAAAUAUUAUUUUCAGUGUGAAACUUUUUUUUUAACUUGGUGGUUGCUUGGAAAGCCUAUUUUUAGAAACUUUUUAAUCUUAAAUUGAGUAGUUAAAUUGCUUUUAUCAUGUUGUUUGCAGUGUAGCCCUGAGAAUUUGUAAUAAAUGAUUUAUAGAUAA